UAACAAAAAUUCAAAUUUAAAUCGAUAUUGGCAGGAUGAGACCUACCGCGCGUCGCCAACCCAAGGACUCUUUCCUUCCUCCACCGCCACCCACUCCGGUCGACUUCCACCGCCGCCAGUACCCCACCCGCGACUCCGACGUCAGCAGCCGCCCCUCAUCCGUUGGCGUCGGCGGACGCCCCACUCUCGAUUUCUACAAAGAGCGCCAGUUCCAGCAAACGGUAGUUUCCACCAUCAACUCCUUCCUCUCCUCGCACAAUUUCCCAAUAACCUUCAAAACAACCUUCCCCUCUGCCAAAGACAUCCUCGAAACCCUAAAAUUCCUCCUCUCCCUCCUCGAUUUCCCCUCCUCCAAACUAGAAGAGGAUCUUCCUUUCCUCCUCAAACGCCUCAAUUACCCUUUCAAAAUCAACAAAUCAAUUCUCCGUUCCCCAGCCGCGCCUCACCAAUGGCCAAGCUUCCUCGCUCUCAUUCACUGGCUAGUCCAGAUCGCCAAAUUUCACUUCCACAUCUCUUCUUCUCCCAAACAGCACAACGCCAUCAACCAAUACACUGUCAGCAGUUACAUGCACUACAUCCGCGGCGACGACGAUGCCGUCGACGAAGUCGACCGCAACAUCCAGGAGAAGAUCCAACACCAGACUGCCGCGGCCCAGGAACGCCUCGACGAGACGCGGCGCCACGCGGAGGAGCUGAAUGCUGAGCUGGAGCGGCUCCGGACCGCGCCCUCGCCGAAGGAAGCGCUGGAAAAGGAGAAGGCAAUUUUGGAGAACGACGUAAAUAAGUUUCACAAGAUGAUCGAUGAGCUUUCGUCGCGGAUCGAGCAGGCGGAGAAGGCUUUGGCGGAGAAGGAGAAGCAGUUGGACGCGAAGGAGGCGGAGAGGGGGAGUAUCUACGAGGAGAACGAGGAGCUGAAGCGGCGUGUGGAGGCGCAGACGUUCAAUGCGAUGGACGUGGAGAGGAUGAAGAAAGAGUUACAUGCGGUGGAGAGGGACACUGCAGAGGCUGAGCUUGAGAGAAAUGCUUGGGAAGAGAAGUCAUGGGAUGUCGACACCACUAUCUCGCACAAACUCAACGACCUAGAAGCUCUCGCUCUGGACUGUAACCAAGCCCUUAAGAGGUUGAAGAUUGGGAAUGGAUUUCAGUAUGUGUUGAAUGGCAAGGGGACUACUCCUGCUGAGAUAAUGGGCAUUGAUCACAAAACCAUGCUGAAGCCUGCGCUUAGAUCCUUUGCUGAUGAAAUAAAAAAGGUUUCUAUGGUAAAACAGGAAGAGUGCAUUUCUUAUCAGCAGAAGUCUGGUGAAAAUGCUGCGAGGCUUGAAGGGAAAAGAAAUCAGCUAGCAGCAGUGCAGUUGCGCAUUGAUCAAAUGGAAGCUCAACUAAUUAAGAAAAAGAAGGAAACACAGGAAUACACAAGCGGGUGUUAUGCUGAGGCUAAAAAAAUGUUGGAGGAAGUGCAGUUGGCAGAUCACGAAAUGGAUAUGAUGGAAAAAGAGGCAGCGGAGGUUCUCAAGACAUCCCAAUUGCAGUUGCAGGAAACGAUUAAACAAAGUGAAGAAGAAAUUCAAAUGCGUGCUGGCGAACUCUUUAAGUUGGUUGAUUCAGUCUCUAAGUUCAAAGAAUAUGUGGGGUCUAAAAUUUCAGAGAUGAGGAGGGAUCUAUCAGAAACUGCAGCUGCUGUCUCAAUUGCGUUUCAGGAUGGAGAAUACGGACCGCUGCAAAUCAUCAAUGUUAGCCAUUUGAUAUCAUAGGUCUUUUCACACCCAAUACCAUACCUCAACCCAAGGAAUUUCAUGUUGUAUUGAUUUAUGGUAGUCAGAUUGUGUCA